AGGGUACCGUUAUCUCCGAAGCUUGCCCUGGGACCCGGCCUGUCUAUAAAAAUCCCGCAGCGCGCGAGCUCGCAGCACUGUGCUUUACGUGCCGAAGGUACGUACACAUAGUGUUGGCUCUUUUCGAUUUCGUUCGAUUUGUGCUCGAAUUCGUUGCAAUUGACAUUUGCGAGCCCGCAGCGAGGUAUCCAGCUCAAAUCACCGGGAAUCGGUUAGCCAAAUCAUGAAGUACAUUCUGGUGACCGGUGGUGUGAUCAGCGGCGUGGGCAAGGGUGUCAUCGCCAGCUCGUUCGGCACUAUCCUCAAGCAUUGUAACAUUCGCGUGACGUCCAUAAAGAUCGAUCCCUACAUUAACAUCGACGCCGGGACCUUCUCGCCCUACGAGCACGGAGAAGUUUAUGUACUCGAUGAUGGUGGUGAAGUGGAUCUUGAUUUGGGCAAUUACGAGCGUUUUCUGGAUAUCACCCUUCAUAAGGACAAUAAUAUAACGACAGGAAAAAUUUAUCAACAUGUUAUUACAAAAGAGAGAAAUGGAGAUUAUCUAGGAAAAACAGUACAAGUUGUACCUCAUAUUACUGAUGCUAUUCAGGAGUGGGUGGAAAGAGUUGCAAAUCAAUCUGUAACAGAAGAUGGAGCUAAACCAGAGGUUUGCAUAGUAGAAUUGGGUGGCACAAUAGGCGAUAUAGAGGGGAUGCCAUUUGUAGAAGCAUUUAGGCAGUUUCAAUUUAGAGUGAAGAAAGAAAACUUCUGUGUUGCUCAUGUGUCUUUAGUGCCGCAGGUAACUGCGUUACAUGCCUACAAUCUUUACAUACAGCCAAAAUCAACAGGCGAACCCAAGACAAAACCAACACAAUCUAGUGUGAGGGAAUUACGUGGAUUAGGUUUAUCACCCGACUUAAUAGUUUGUAGAUCGGAAAUGCCUAUCGGCGAUUCUGCCAAAGAAAAAAUUUCAAAUUUUUGUCAUGUGGCUCCAGAGCAAGUCAUCACUAUUCACGAUUUAACGUCCAUAUAUCGAGUACCACUUCUUAUGGAAUAUCAGGGUGUUAUAGAGUUUCUCAAUGAUCGAUUGCAACUGAAUAUCGGAAUGCCGCGUCCGCGUUCCUUCAUGCGAAAAUGGCGAGAUUUAGCAGAUCGCGUUGAUCAUUUGCGGAAGGAUGUUAAUAUCGCUCUAGUAGGAAAAUAUACGAAACUCGAGGAUUCUUACGCUUCUAUUACAAAAGCGUUGCAACAUGCUGCCAUUGAGGCCGGUUAUAAAUUGAACUUGACGUUUAUUGAAGCUGCUAAUUUAGAGCAAAGUACAUUAAUGGAAAAUCCAGUUUUAUAUCAUGAGGCUUGGCAACAGCUUUGUAAAAGCAAUGGUGUUAUUGUAGCAGGUGGCUUUGGUAAAAGAGGAUUGGAAGGAAAGAUUGAAGCCUGUCGAUGGUGUAGAAUGAACGACAAGCCGUUUCUCGGCAUCUGUUUGGGUUUGCAAGCGGCGGUCAUUGAAUUCGCGCGAAACGUAUUGAAUCUUCAAACAGCAAAUUCUACAGAAAUUGAUCCAGAGACUAGUAAACCUGUAGUGAUAGACAUGCCAGAACACAAUCCGGAAGUGAAGGGGGGAACUAUGAGGCUAGGCAAGAGACAAACGCGUUUCUACGACAUUAAUUCUGUCCUAAAAAAAUUGUAUGAUAAUAAAGAUGUCAUAGAAGAAAGACAUAGGCAUAGAUAUGAAAUAAAUCCGGAAUACAUUCAAGCUUUAGAAGCAGCUGGUUUAAAAUUUGUAGGUCGUGAUGAAGAUGAAAAUAUACGAAUGGAAAUUGCCGAAUUGGAAGGACAUAGUUAUUAUGUAGCUACACAGUUUCAUCCUGAGUACCUAUCCAGACCUUUAAAACCUUCACCACCAUUCCUUGGUUUAAUUUUAGCCAGUGUAGGCAAAUUGAAGUAUUAUUUAGCACGGGGAUGCAAAUUUUCGCCUCGUCAAUUGAGCGAUAAUGAAUCAGAUGAUGAUUACAUGUUGGAAGGAGUGUCAAAAUUGCAUUUGUCUAAUAAUGCAAAUAGAAAUGGUAGUAACAUGUCAGAUCUCAAUUAUGCUUUGUAUUGAGUAUAGUUUUAUUAUUGCAAAUUUAUAUUUUGUCUCAUUCCAUUUUCCUAUAAUCUGAUCCAUAUGUCUUUUUCUAGUCUUACAUAAUUUCUCUUUAAAAAUUGAAAUAGAUGAAUAUGAUAGAUAUAUUUAUAUGAUAUAUAUUGUCAAUAUAAGUUUAAAUCUUGAUAUAGUUGAAAAAAAAAUUAAUUGGGAUCCUAACAUAGUUUACAAAAGGCAACAACUAUAGGUAGAAAUAUAUAAUUUAUUACAA